AAUGAGUUCACCCAAAACCUUCAGUAGACCAACUCUAUAAGCCUAUUCUAAACCUUCUUUAUUUGCUCCCAAAACAGGCUCUCCAAAUUCUUCAUAAUUAAUAAAAAGUAAAGAAGUUCUCAAAUUCACAAUAGCAAAAUAAUCCAGUAGUAUCCAUAUAAAAACUCCAAUUCAUAAAACAGAAAGAGCAAGGACAUUUAACUUUAGUGAAACAGAAUCUAAGCCAGAAUCAAAAAGAUGUGAUGCAGUCGGUAAGAUAGAAAAAUCGAUCAAUAUACUCAGAAAAACAAAGGGUUAAGUUGAUUUCUCAUUUCAGAUUAAGGUAGAAGAAAUAAUAAAUGAAAUGAUGACAAUAUGUUGCAUUGAUGGAAAAGUCUAAAAAUUAUUUUAGUAAAUCAAAGAGGAACGUGAUUAAAGAAAAUAAUCCUAAUUAAAGACCUUAAAAUUCAUUAAAGGUCAAUAAGAUUAAAUAGAAUAAUUAGUAAAUAUAUAAAUAAUCUUAGAGAAGACGAUGUUAGGAAUACUACUGA